GAUGUUUGCGUCGAACUGCCCUUCACGUUGACUCAUCCAAAGCCGGUUAUUGAGGAGGAAGAAUCCACGCGACCGACUAAGGCCAGUGCAGAGGUAGACUCUCGACAGGACGAAUCCCCACCCCAAUUAAACUCGGAGUCCGAGGAUUCGUUGAAUCGAAACUUCAUCAGCCUCUCAGGAACCGCAAGUCCAAAAGCGGCGUGUGUAGCAGACCUUUCUAAUGACGACCUCAUCUUUGAGGACUUUGCACGACUGCGCCUACGCGGAGAGGACCUUAAUCCACCAACUAAUCCCUUCGCUGCCGCUGCCGCCGUCGCCGGCUGCGGCAAUGGCGGUGAAAAUACUCCCACUUUCUCGGAACCUCAAGUCCCACUGACUGCGGACGCCACCUCAGCUCCGUCUCCGCUGUCGACACUUCUGAGUCCCUCCUCCUAA